AUGGGUUGCAGUUCAUCAAUACCAACAACGGGAUCUGUGAAUUCUCUACCGACGAAGACAGCAAGACCAUCAUCACCAUCAUCAUCACACACGAAUUCACACAAACGAUCCGACCACGUCACUAGCGAAAAACGAGGUCAACGUGCACAAGCAGAAGAUCUUGUACAAAAUUUCUUUCUAAUUUGGCUCGAUGCUAAAAUUGAUGAAUCAAAUGAAGAUUUUCGAAAUUCGAUCAAGCAAUUACGAGGAACUGUUAAUACAAUUGAAAUAUUUCGCGAUUCAGAUGACUGUAUGCAUUAUAUUUCACAAUUUAAAAAUGAUGAAAAAACCUUUCUCAUUAUUUCGGGUGCUCUUUGUGAAAGUGUUAUACCACAUGCCCAUUCAAUCUCUCAAAUUUAUUCAAUUUAUAUAUUCUGUCGACAGCAAUCCAAGUACGAAAAAUGGGCAACAAAAGAAUGGCCAAAAGUAAAAGGUGUUUUUACAGAAAUUGACUCAAUUUGUAAUUCCGUUCGACAAGCUGCUCGAGAAUGUGACGAAGAUUCUGUCGUGAUUACUGGUCAAAUCGAACCAUCAUUCAUGUACUCAUUACUCUUCAAAGAAAUUAUACUUGAAAUAGAGUUCGCUGAAACGAAAGAAAUCAAAGACUUAACCGAUUAUGCUCGUAAUAAGUAUGUCGGCAAUGAAAAACAAGUGAAAUUGAUUGAUGAGUUUGCCCGAGACUAUCACGGAAAUGUUGAGAACAAGCCUAUAUGGUGGUAUACCAGGCAAUGUUUCACUUAUUCUAUGAUCAACAAAGCAUUGGGCAAGCUAGAUGUCAGCACGCUAAUGAAGAUGGGUAUCUUUAUGCGUGAUCUUCAUAAAAAUAUCAAGGAACUUCAUGACAAACAAGCCAAUGAUAAGAAUACACCACUGCCAAAUGAAGUCUUCCGUGGUCAAACGAUGACCGAACAAGAUUUUGGAAAAAAGAUAAAACAAGGUCAGCUCAUGUCUUUUAAUAAUUUCUUAUCAACAACUUACGAAAGAAGUGUUUCUCUUGAAUUCAUUCAACAAAAACUUCAGUCCGACAACAGUAAAAUUGGUGUGCUCUUCAUACUGAAUACAAAUCCAUCGAUUAAAUCGGCUCUAUUUGCUCGUAUCGAUGAAAUUAGCCAGUAUCCAGAAGAAAAAGAAAUUCUAUUUUCAACACACACUGUGUUUCGCGUGCAGCAAAUCAAAGAAACUCAAGAAAGUGGGAUGAACAUACAACAAGUCAAUCUUACUCUUACCAGUGAAAGUAACGAUCCACAACUGGCUGGUCUUACCCACAGCAUACGAGAGGAGCUCGUGGGAACAACAGGAUGGCAUCGACUGGGUAAUUUACUAAUCGAAACUGGAGACUUUGAGAAGGCUGAAGAAGUUUACAUGGCGCUACUUCGAGACGUUUCUAAUGACGAUAAGAAAGAAAAAUCUCUUCUUUAUUAUAAGUUGGGAAUAAUCAACUACAAUACAUCAAAAUUUAUGAAGGCAGAACAGUACAUGCAAUCUGUAAUACAAAUUCAAGAAAAUGUUCUUCCUGAAAAUGAUCCAGACCUGGCAAAAAGCUACAACAUUAUCGGUGCAGUGUGUAUGAAGUUAGGAAGGAACUCAGAAGCACUUCGACAUUUUGAAAAAUCACUCAAGAUCAAUGAAAAAUUAUCUCACCCAAAUAAUCAUGAGUUGGCCAUUAUCCACAAAAAUAUCGGCAAUGUAUAUUCUAUACUUGGAAAAUACACAGAAGCACUUUCAUUCCAUAAAAAAGCACAGGAAUUCAACGAAAAAUUAGGUCUUACUAUUUCUCCUGAACUAGCCAGCUGCUACACUAAUAUCGCUUCUAUUUAUUUGAAAAUGGGGCAGUAUGAAGAAGCGCUUGAGUUCUAUAUUAAAGCACUAGAGAUGAAUGAAAAAACCCACACCAUGCAUCACAGACACGUGGCGAACUCUUACAGUCACAUGGGAUCUGUGUAUGGCUAUAUGGGAAAGUAUUCGGAAGCUUGUUCGUAUCUUCAAAAAGCAUUGGACAUACUCCAGAACUCUCCCCAUCAGUCUCACUUAGCUUCGUGUUACAGAAAUUUCGGCUUGGUAUAUGAAAAAAUGGAAAAGUACGAGGAAGCACUUUCAAACUUUGAAAAGGCAGUUUCAAUCUUCACAUCCAUUUCUCCUCACCAUCCCAAGUUGGCUAGCACCUUCGCAGACAUCGCCACGCUUCAUGGUAAAAUGGAAAACUACAACGAGGCACGAUCAUACUAUGAAAGAGCACUUGACAUUUACCUAUCCGAGGACCCUCCAAAUUACUACGGAGUGGCAAAUAGCUGCUACAACCUUGGUGUAGUGUAUACCAAGAUGAACCAGUAUCAGAAGGCACUUUCAUUUUACCAACGCGCUCUAGAACAUGGCAGAAAAAUACACAAUGAAAAUGAUCCUGUUCUUCAGAUGUAUAAAGAAAACAUUGCAGUCAUACAAAAUAAAUUAUAAUGCCUUCUCUUGAGACGAAAGAUAAUCAGAGAGUCGUUUUACCUUAUUUCUAACAUUUGCCUUCAGGAUAAGUAUGGGUGUGGGUGUGAGGUGUGAGUGAAUACAGGUAAUAUGACGACUCACACACCCACACCCACAACCUAAUACGAUUGAAGUGCUGGAUCUUCGGGAAAUAGUCAAAAAAAAUUUUACGUCGCAAAAAUUAAUAAAAUGCUUACUAUUAGAUAAUACGGAAACUCGAGAACAAUUUGUUAAUGUAUGUUCAUAACAGCAUUUUCAAUAGAAUGAUUACAUUUUGAACAAUGCUUAUUGUUAAUAUCCUCAUAAUUCGUAUUGAAUAUACCAGGAUAAGCAAAAAAUGAUUUGAUGAUAUUGAUUUAAUUCAAAAAAGUUGUGAAGCUUUGUUCUUCAAUAGAAUGGAUAAAUUAGUGGUAUAAAUUACACUUAUAUUUCGUUUUAACAUUAGCUAUGAGAGUAUUGUUUAUGUCACUAACGAGGGAACCGUCCGAAGUGAUUAACCGCUUUUGAGUUCGGACUCUAUACAUAAGACAGACCCUAAUGAGAUAUGAAAAACCCCAAAAGGACAAGUGCCCAUAGGCCUUCUCUACAA